AUGCCAUCACCUGUUGCUUCUAUCCUAGGAGUUCUCGGUGGAUGCAUGGGAUGUAUGGUUUUCGUCGAAAAAAUAGCCAAGACUGAGCCAACAUCCAUGAAUCUCAUGACAUUCUCCACAUUUUUGUUUAUAGCUACUCAAGGAUUAUUCUUUACCUCAAAGUUUUUUUCCGUUCCUAAUAAAAUUCCUCUCAGAGGGUAUAUACCCACUGUUAUCACAUUCUUCACGGUUAAUGUGAUCAACAAUCAAGCGUUAAAUUUUCAUGUUCCUGUUCCUUUACACAUCAUCUUUCGUUCAGGUUCACUCCUUGCUAAUCUACUACUGUCUGUGAUUCUCCUCAAGAAAAAGUACUCAUUAAGAAAGUAUCUCUCAGUCUUUGCUAUUACCAUAGGAAUAGUCAUAUGUACCUUAGCAACAAGCGAUCUCGAAAAGCACUCAGGGCUUAACUACGAAGAAGCGGUGAAGCACUAUCGAGAAUGGAUGAUCGGAAUUGGGAUGCUGAUUUUUGCUUUACUGGCAUCAGCAUAUUUGGCUAUCUGCCAGCAACGCAUGUACGAGACUUACGGAAAGCAUCCGGAGGAAGCAAUGUUUGUAAUUGUUAGUUUACUAUACACAUAUCAUCUUAUUCUUUUUCACAACGUAUCUUGCCUACUCUUGUCUACUUACAUCUUAGGUCAGCACUGGAUAGGAGCGCUCCUUGUUUUUGCUGGCACUUUGGCGUUUGCUGACAUAUGGGGCAAAAAAGAGAUUGAGAAGAAGAAGAUAUAG